GGUGUUUUGAACAUUUUGUUCCCAGAGUUUUCUGACAUCCCUUAAUUCAUACCAUUUCUUUGUAUUUUUUAUUUUGUUUUAUCCUAUAAGCGCAAGACUAUUUACAAGUUUUUGUAGUAAGCUUGGCUUACAAAAUUAAUUAGGGUUGAGGUGAAGGAGGUCAAAUGAUUCGAUGCACAAUUUAAUAUUGAAAAUAUUCUACAGGGAAAAUCAGAGAGCCCACUUGUCCACAAUUGGUUCAAUUUCAGCUCCAACUCAACUAGAAUAUGACAAUGAGACACAGAGCUGUGGCAACAUUGCUGAAUCUGUUAAAAAGCCUAAGGAAGGGGUUUCCAAAAGCUAGUCCAAAUCAGCAAUUGCCAUCAUUGAGACGUGCUUUCUCUCUAUAUGAUCAAAUCAAUCUCAUCGAUAAUGUUCCUAAAGAUCAGCUCCGCUUUCAAGGCUACACUGACACUAGCUUCACGGUGAAUGGCGUACAUUAUGAAGGUAGCCUACUCUAUGUUGGAAAUUUGCUUAUGUCUUGGACUCCCAAGAAGUUCUUUGAGAUUACUGACAGGGGAAUACACUUAUCGAUUUUCCAACUAUUGCGUCCAAUUCCAGAAAUUUUCGUUCUUGGCUGUGGAAGGCACAUUGAACCUGUGGAUUCUGAACUUCGGCGAUUCAUUUUGUCUACUGGCAUGAAGUUAGGAGCCGUUGACUCGAGAAAUGCUGCAUCAACUUACAACAUAUUGAAUGAAGAAGGUCGGAUUGUGGCUCAUGUGCUUCUUCCUUAUGGAGUUUCUUCAUAAUGCAUA